CAGCACACUUGCUGCAAAAGGAAACUUAGAUGAUCGUCUCUUUGAUUUGGGUAUCAACUGAUAUUUGUUUUCUAAUUUGAAGCUAGUUCAUCCAGAUCGGGAAUGGAUAGGGUAGUUACUAGCACGGGCUCGUUUGUAUGAGGCUUUUCUGAUCAAAAAGGAACGACAUCCGUGUUGGAGGCCAGCUACUGCAAGACCCUAGUACCAGGGAGAGAAGAAGGGGCUAACGCGUACUAGGUAAUCACACGAUGGCCCGGCCUGGACGGAGGGUGGGUGUUGUGUUUGCUUCUUCGAUGCUGUCGCCAAUACUUCAACCAACUGCGAUCAAGAGGGCAAUUCCGAUCACGACUGCGGCGAGGGACAUUCCUACCUCCAUGGACCUCAAUAGCACAACAUGUAAAAGCACAGCUGUUUCCGCGAGCCUCGAUCUGGUCGCAUAUGCUGUCUCGAACAUGAGGCUCCACGGGGCAACCAAUAAUCCGUGUGGUGUUCGUCGGGUCCGCAUGUCGGUUACACAGCAAAUGUCGGUCAGUCCUAAGGAUGGCUGGAUCUUCGUAUUAAUCGACGCAUAUCGGGCAGAUGGCCAUCAUUGAUACAUGCUGCCUCCGUUUACUUCCAAGGGCGCACCCGGCGCAAUGGGUCGAUUGCGGAUGUGGUCGCACGGAUUGCAGAAAA